AGAUUCCAAUCAGUUGGAACUUCAGUUAGUGGCUCUCGUCCUCUCCCUCUCUUAUCCUUCUCUCUCUCUCUCUCUCUCUCGCCUGUGCUCUCCUCUCAGCUCGGAGCCGACGACUCAGUGCCGGAGCUCGGCCCGAUGGCGCUGUUGAGCCAGCAGCUGCAGCGGUUCCUCCUGACCGGACUCAGCCACGACUCGAGCUCCAAAUCAAGCGUCAGGACAAGCAUAUCGAUCGACAACAAUAAAUCGAGGACCCUAUGCUGCUCUGCCAUUGCCAUCGAUGCUCCCUCUUCCCUGGCGGGGGUGUCGGGGAUCCGGUGGGGGUAUAAGAGCCUGCAAGGUCUGCGCGACGAGAUGGAGGACGAUGUAGUCGUGCGGUCGGACGGACUGGAAGGAUUCACCUUCGCCGCCGUCUUUGAUGGCCACGGUGGUUUCUCUGCCGUCAAUUUCCUAAGGGAUGAGCUGUUUAAAGAAUGCGUCCUGUCGUUGCAAGGAGGUCUGCUCCUAAGUAAGAAAGACAUCAGUGCCAUCAGAGAGGCAUUGCGGAAGGCCUUUGUCAAAGCCGAUUCGAAACUAUUGACUUGGCUCGAGGCAAUGCCAGAGGAAGAUGAAUCAGGUUCAACAGCCACCGUCAUGUUCUUAGGGAAUGAUUCUCUGAUCAUUUCCCAUGUUGGCGAUUCAUGUGUGGUUCUAUCUCGUUCUGGAAAAGCCGAAGUCUUAACAGAUCCUCAUCGGCCUUAUGGAAGCAAUAAGAUUUCUCUGAAUGAAAUCAGAAGAAUCAGAGAAGCAGGUGGAUGGGUUGUCAACGGAAGGAUCUGCGGCGACAUCUCUGUUUCUCGAGCUUUUGGUGACAUACGAUACAAGACAAAGAAAAAUGAGAUGCUGAAGAAGGGAGUUGAGGAAGGGAGGUGGUCUGAAAAGUUUGUGUCCCGCAUCCAGUUCAAUGACGACUUGGUCAUUGCAUCUCCUGAAGUAUACAAUGUAGCUCUCAGUUCAGACACAGAGUUCGUAGUGUUGGCAUCUGAUGGCUUAUGGGACUAUAUGAACAGCUCAGAGGCCAUCGACUUGGUGAGGAAUCAACUUCGCCAGCAUGGAGAUGUUCAACUGGCAACUGAAGCUCUCGCACAAGCAGCCCUGGACCGACGCUCUCAAGACAAUGUUAGCAUUGUCAUUGCCGAUUUAGGAAGAACCGAUUGGCAAAAUUUGCCACUGCAGAAACAGAAUCUAUUCUACGAAAUGUUUCAAGCAUUGGCGACUAUCGGAAUCGUGACGGCUGGUAUCUGGAUGAGUUCUCUACUUGCUGCAUGAAACAAGAGACUUCUGAAGAUGUAUAUAAAACCAAAACAUAGAUCUUAUCAUCAGUUUUGUUUGUUCCACACAGUCAUAUGAUUGUAAAUACCUCCUUAUUUAGUGCUACUUAAAUAGACCAGCAAAGAAUGGAAGAUUAAAAAGGAAAAUGCAAUGUACAGUUGCUAACCAA